UCACUUUGACCUUAUCCCACCCCCCUUCCUUUUUCCUCGUGUGUUGGUUGCGUCUCUAACCCCGGCGCCUUUCGCCUGUCCCUCUACUACAGGUCCCCUCCAACAUCUAAGCGAAUCAAGACCUCCGUCUCUGCCAACGCACCAUCACACCUGUUAGCCCAGCAACAAGUGAAUCCAUUUUCCAGAGUGCCUUCUUUCGAGGGCAUUCCUAUGCCCCAACCCCAGAUUCCUCCCCAGAAUCCGCGCAAACGCCGUGCUUCUCCCCCGGCAGGCUCGACGCCGACCAUGGCGGCGCCAGGCGCGACAACCGCCACCGGAGACACCGCGCACGAGCAAGGGUCGGGGGUAGCGGAGCCUGCACCCAAGAAGAAGGGAAGGACCAACACUCCCUGGACUGCCGAAGAAGAGCAGAGGCUGAAGACGAUGCGCGAUGCGGGUCGCAGCUGGAGCGAAAUUGCCAAGACAUUUACUACUCGGACCGAGGGCAGUGUCAAGAAACAUUGGUAUAAGGACAUGCACUAUGCCGAAUUUGCGGAAGAUGAGUCCAUAGCGCUUCGGGAAGCAAUCAAGGAAUAUGAGGCGAAUAAAUGGAAGGUGAUUGGGCAGAAGGCGUGCGAACAGUAUGCGAAAGAACAUUUCAAGGAUCUCUAGAUUUCCUACGAAGUAUUGACGACGUGAUGACCAAUGCAUCGUCUUCCACACAUUCACGAAUCGACGACGGGCAUGAGUUAUGGAUUUACAUUGCUUUAAGCUUUGGUUUUCACGGCAAUGUGUGAUGUUAGCCACAAUUUGCAAUGUAUCGGGCGAAGGGUUAUCGGAGUUGGCUUGCGUCUUUCAUAUGUAAUCCCUUUUGCUCUCCUUGUGUUGCCC